AUGUCGUUACUGUUUUGGAAUUGUAGAGGUGCGGCCAAGUCUUCUCUUGGUCGAUCUUUAAAGAUGUUGGGAGAUAAACACAAUGUUUGCAUGGUUAUUCUUAUAGAAACGCGUACUGGGAGUGUAAACAGUAGAAGAUUGUUGAAGAAGCUUAAAUUUGAUUCUUCUAUUUUUGAGGAAGCAAAUGGAUUUUUUGGUGGUAUUUGGAUUUUGAUGGAUGGUAAAAGAGUGAAAGUGCAGCUCUUAUCCCAGUCAAAGCAGUUUAUUCACAUGGCUGUUACAAAAGAAGAUGGUCAUAGUUUUAUUUGUACGGCUGUUUAUGGGAGUCCUCGUGAAGAGGAAAGAAGUAUUGGGGAGAAAAAGGGUGGGUCUCAACCUGACAUUAACAAGUGUGAUAGGUUCUCACAAUUUUUGAAUGAUCGUCGAGUUGAUGACUUAAGUUGUUCUGGUCCCCUCUUCAUAUGGCAAGGCCCGAAGUGGAAUCAUCUUCAAAAGGUGUAUAAGAAGCUAGAUAGAGUGGUUGGUAAUCUGUUUUGGAGAACUCACUUUGAGGACGCUAAAGUGAGGGUUCUUCCUAGACAUCACUCUGAUCACAAUCUUAUUCUUGUGAAGACUUCAAAAAGUUCUGAUCAAUGGCAGGAUAGACCUUUCAGGUUUAUUGCCUCUUGGUUGGAUCACCCCACCUUUAAUGACUUAAUGUUAGAAAAGUGGGAUAAAAAUGAAGAAUUUACUCUGAUGCAGAAUGGAUUUGUUCAACAUCUUAGAAAUUGGAAUAAGGAGGUGUAUGGUAACAUAGGAAAGAGGAAGAAUAACUUACUCAGAGAUAUUUCUUCGGUUCAGUUGCAAAGAUCAUAUGAAGAUUGUCAAAGCCUUCAAGAUUUGGAGAUGAAUCUGCAAAACAAUCUAGACUUAGUGCUGGAGGAAGAAGAGAUGUUGUGGUUUCAAAAGUCCAGACAUCAUUGGAUUGUUGAUGGCGAUAAGAAUACUAGGUUUUAUCAUUUAAAGACUGUUAUUAGAAGGAGUACUAACAAGAUCGUUAGGUUGAAAAAUGAGAACAACCAGUGGAUCGAAAAUUCUGUUGAGUUAAGGGAGCAUGUUUGUAACUACUAUAAAAAGCUUUUUAAAGAGGAGGUGGAUGAGCGUAGAUGGCUAUCAUCUACUAAUAAUUGGUUUACGUUGUCUCAGGAAGUUAAAGAGGAUAUGAUCAAACUCCCACCAUGGAUGAGAUUACAAAGCUCAUGA